UUCAUUCUCUAAUCUCUCCUCUGCAAUCCUUCUCUCUCUCUCUCUCUCUUCUCCACUCUCUCUUUUCUCUCCCUGUACGAAGCCAUAAAUUGCUGGCCUCGUAGAGAAGCCAGGGAUUCUGGCAACUGCCCUCCCUGUUCCCCACUCCUAUUUCACGCCCCUUUCACUUUUUUUUACCCUGGUGGGUCCCAACACCAUUUUUACUGUCUACGGUUUUUUAUUUUCACCGCAGAUAAGGGGAGUUACUUUUGGGGAGUGGCUGACGUGGCAUGCAUCGAAACGACAGGCAUGAAUACCAAAACGAUGCGUCUUCCACCACGUCGCGUUUUGACGCCAAGCAAGCGCAAAGAGAGAGAGGGCCCUGAUGCUCUCAAACCGUCAACACCUACAAAAUUAACCAAGCCGUCUUCGCCCCAAGCCGGCUCCGAAAAAGGCUUGGACUCGGCCUCCUCUAGCCAGCUCCUAGCCGGCUAUUUAGCUCACGAGUACCUUACAAAGGGUACCCUCUUCGGUCAACCUUGGGAACCGGCUCGAGCAGAGGCUGUGCCUGUCUCGGGAGUGGACUCAGCCGGGGUCGUCAAGCCGGCCCGUAAAGCCGAGUCCGAGCCGAAUAAAGAUAAUUAUGAGAGGUACGUGGAGGUAUCACGUUUGUUGAAGAUAGGUGGGCCCAACAUACCAGAUAUUAUCAACCCUACCCAGCUCGCACGGUUCCUACAGAUGUAAGCGUGUGGGGAAUCGCGGUUCACCACGUGUUCCCGUCUCGCUCUUCCUUAGCACUCAGGGAGAAAAGGAUCAUUUUAAAUCCGGGAGAAAAAUUGAGAUUCUCAAGUGGUGGCGGCGCGGCGGACGCGGUGGCGGAUAGAGAGAAAAGAGAUUUACUUUUAAUUUAAUUUAAUCUCUGCUGAUUGGAUAGAACCGGGUAGCAUCUUGUACUGUUGUUCAUAUAUGUGGGAGCGUCCAUGUUAGCUUUAGAAGCUUAGAAAUUGUAGAUCUCGACCAUGCUAGUGUAUAAAAAACAUGAAUGAAAGAUGACUUUGUUUUUUUUUUCU